CGGCCCCACCCCGGGCUGGAGGCCGCAGUCCGGGUCCCCAGGCUGGCAGCACCAUGGCGGGCGUCGCGGCCAGGCUGGCCCGGGACCGGGAGGCGGCCGAGGGGCUGGGCUCGCACGAGAACGCGGUCAGAUACCUGAACCAGGACUUCCAGACGCUGCGGGCCCAGUGCCUGGAGGAGGGGGUGCUCUUCCAGGACCCCGCCUUCCCCGCCGGCCCGUCCUCGCUGGGCUUCAAGGAGCUGGGGCCCUACUCCAGCAAGACGCGGGGCAUCGUGUGGACGCGGCCCCCGGAGAUCUGCGAGGAGCCCCAGUUCAUCGUGGGGGGAGCCACGCGCACAGACAUCUGCCAGGGGGCGCUGGGGGACUGCUGGCUGCUGGCCGCCAUCGCCUCCCUCACCCUCAAUGAGGAGGUCCUGGCCCGAGUCGUGCCCCCUGACCAGAGCUUCCAGGAGAACUACGCAGGCAUCUUCCACUUCCAGUUCUGGCAGUAUGGCGAGUGGGUGGACGUGGUGGUAGACGACAGGCUGCCCACCAAGGACGGGGAGCUGCUGUUCGUGCACUCGGCCGAGGGUGGAGAGUUCUGGAGCGCCCUGCUGGAGAAGGCCUACGCCAAGGUCAACGGAUGCUAUGAAGCGCUGUCUGGGGGGGCCACCACUGAAGGCUUUGAGGACUUCACCGGAGGCAUCGCCGAGUGGUACGAGCUGAGGAAGGCCCCGCCCAACCUAUUCAAGAUCAUCCAGAAGGCUCUGCAGAAGGGCUCUCUCCUCGGCUGCUCCAUCGAUAUCACCAGCGCAGCCGACUCCGAGGCCGUCACCUUCCAGAAGCUGGUGAAGGGACACGCGUAUUCGGUCACUGGCGCUGAGGAGGUGGAGAGCAGAGGAAGCCUGCAGAAACUGGUUCGCAUCCGGAACCCCUGGGGAGAGGUGGAGUGGACAGGGAAGUGGAGUGACAGCUGCCCAAACUGGAACACCAUCGACCCGGACGAGAGGGAGAGGCUGACCCAGCGGCAGGAGGACGGGGAGUUCUGGAUGUCUUUCAGCGACUUCCUGAGACACUACUCACGGCUGGAGAUCUGCAACCUGACCCCCGACACGCUGACCAGCGACUCCUACAAGAAAUGGAAGCUCACCAAGAUGGACGGCAACUGGCGACGGGGCUCCACGGCGGGCGGCUGCAGGAACUUCCCCAACACCUUCUGGAUGAACCCCCAGUACCUGAUCAAGCUGGAGGAGGAGGACGAGGACCAGGAGGACGGGGAGAGCGGCUGCACCUUCCUGGUGGGCCUCCUUCAGAAGCACCGGCGGCGGCAGCGGCGUAUGGGCGAGGACAUGCACACCAUCGGCUUCGGCAUCUACGAGGUCCCUGAGGAGCUGCACGGACAGACUAGCAUCCACCUCAGCAAGAACUUCUUCCUGACGAACCGUGCCCGGGAGCGGUCGGACACCUUCAUCAACCUGCGGGAGGUGCUCAACCGCUUCAAGCUGCCCCCCGGCGAGUACAUCCUGGUACCCUCCACCUUUGAGCCCAACAAGGACGGCGACUUCUGCAUCCGGGUCUUCUCCGAGAAGAAAGCUGACUACCAAGUCGUCGAUGAUGAAAUUGAGGCCAACCUUGAAGAGAUCGACGUGAGUGAGGACGACAUCGACGACGGCUUCCGGAGGCUGUUUGCUCAGCUGGCAGGGGAGGACGCAGAGAUCUCUUCCUUCGAGUUGCAGGUCAUCCUGAGGAGAGUUCUAGCAAAGCGCCAAGAGAUCAAGACGGACGGCUUCAGCAUCGAGACCUGCAAGAUCAUGGUUGACAUGCUGGAUUCGGACGGGAGUGGCAAGCUGGGGCUGAAGGAGUUCUACAUUCUCUGGACAAAGAUUCAGAAAUACCAGAAAAUCUAUCGGGAAAUCGAUGUGGACAAGUCCGGCACCAUGAAUUCCUAUGAGAUGCGCAAAGCUCUGGAAGAAGCAGGCUUCAAGCUGCCCUGCCAGCUGCACCAAGUCAUCGUGGCUCGAUUUGCAGACGAUGAGCUCAUCAUCGACUUUGACAAUUUCGUGCGGUGUCUGAUCCGACUAGAAACGCUAUUCAGGAUAUUCAGGCAGCUGGACCCCGAGAACACUGGAACCAUCGAGCUCAACCUGAUCUCUUGGCUGUGUUUCUCAGUACUCUGAAGUCAUAACUCAUCUGCCUGAAUGAAGACGUGUCGUGAGAGGGAAUCACUCACAGAUGAAGCUUCUGCAGAGACUUUUUAGCUGGACCUUGAAAUUAUGGGGACAUGCACUUAAGCUGAUGAUGAUAGCUGAAAAUAUUGAUAUUCUUUGAGACAGAACUUUCAAAUAUCAAAGUAAGAGAUUUGCAUACCAUUAUACUCAGUCUGAAUAGGUAGCCCUUGCUAAAUUGAAAGGAAGCUUUUAAUCUGUACAUAGUAGGCACUUUUUACUCUGAUACAGCUCCACUUAGAGCAAUAUUAAAUCAGGACGAAAACACAGGGAGGCACUUCACAGUCAAACAGACAUUAUUAGGUGGUUCUCCAAGGACCUGGGGUCCUGGCUGGGAAUAUUGAGGAAACUUCUCGUUACAAAAUGCAGCUGUGGCAUUUACCAGACAGCAGCCCGAAUGGGGAUUAGUGUUCCCUGGAGUCAAAUGGAAAACACCACCUUGGUUGCAUCUGGAGGUGAUCUGGCCGAGGCUCUGAAAAACAUUCGUGCCUCUACUAUCUGAGCUAAGCCAGACAGGUUAUAGCCACUGGCCUCACAGGAGGCCCUUCACCUUAAGUUCUAGAACCAGCCCAGUCUCCUCUGCCGGGUGUUAGAAUUACUCCAGGGACUCAUCUUUUAUCAGUAUGGCCCAAACCGGGCAUCCAGUUUGCAAAUCAGUCGUGAUGAAAGACAGGCACGGCAAGCUUGCCUACCUCAAGACUUCCUAAACUUCUCCGCCUCUGGUGCGUGUGCCCGGAGUUACGGGGACCUGUGCAUGGCACUGAAGGACACUGCGAAAGAAGAAGUACCCGGGAUAGCGAAUGGCACGUGCUUGCUUCCCGGCUUAACCUUGGGAAAGCGCUUGGGGCGUUAGGAAAAUACUGCCUUGUUGCCUUAUCUUCUGCCAAAUAAUGCUGGUAAAUAAAAAAAGCUGCCUGGA